AGGGACCCAGUGCUCUGAAUCUGCCGAAGCACUGUUUGAGAAACUGAUGACAAAAUACAACCCUCUGAUUCGGCCAGUAGCUAACGACUCCGAUAUCCUGGAUGUAUUUAUCGGCCUAGCCCUAUCACAACUUGUCGACAUCGAUGAAAAGAACCAAAUCAUGGUCACUAGUAUCUGGCUUAAACAGCAAUGGACGGAUUACAGACUCGUAUGGAAACCCGAGGACUAUGGUGGCAUUACCUAUAUCCAUUUCCCAAUCCAACGAUUAUGGGCACCAGACUUGGUUCUCUAUAACACAGCUGAAGGAGCAUAUGCUGUGGAGGUGAUGAACAGUGCCACGAUUUUCUACGAUGGCUCAGUCACUUGGAAACCUCCCGCUAUUUUCCGCAGCUCCUGCAGCAUUGACAUUGAGUACUUCCCCUUCGACGAGCAGCGUUGCAUCAUGAAAUUCGGAUCCUGGACUUACGCCGGUGACGUCGUCGACCUGAUCGCGUUGAAUUCCAACGUCGAGCGAGAGAACUACCGAGCGAACGGCGAGUGGGAGAUCGUCGACGCACCCGCCGUCAGGUCCGCCCUCAAGUACCCCUGCUGCGUGGAGAUCUACAUCGAUGUUACCUACACGUUAGUUCUGCAUCGGAAUCCGUUGUUUUAUAUCAUUACCCUGGUGAUCCCCUGUGUGCUGAUCUCGUUGAUGACCGCGCUGGUUUUCUACCUCCCCUCCGACGCUCAGGAAAAGAUCACCCUCUCCAUCUCCGUUCUCCUGGCUCUCAUCGUGUUCCUUCUCUUGAUCCCUAACCUCAUCCCGCCAACUUCAAAGACCAUACCCCUCAUCGGUCGGUACAUGCUCUUCACCAUGGCCAUGGUGUCCCUGUCCAUCCUGGCCACCGUCGUCACCAUCAACGUCCACUUCCGCAGUAUCACCACCCACGAGAUGCCACCAUGGAUGAAGACGUGGUUCUUGAACUAUUUACCACGGGCUUUCUGCAUGGAGAGACCCGAUGGACUGAAGGCGAGGAAGGAGAAGAAGAUGAAGAAGAAGCUGCAGAAGGAAGCCAUCAGGAAGUACAACAAUCCGUACAUGUACUCGCCCUCCUCAUCGUCAGGGGUGUGGGAAGAAAGAUCGGGGAACUACAGUCAGAAUGGCAACUACAGGAUGUAUAAUGGAAGACCCUACAAUAAACUUGAGCUCCGAACGAUCACGCCAUCACUGCGGGAAGAAAUCGAAGGGCGCGAAGUCGAGCACAACACGAUGCGACGAUUCAGAGCGGACUCCGACGAUUCAGACGAAGGGAGCUCGAGAACUCGUGAGAGGGAAUGGAAGGCUCUCCUAGCAUCCCUUCAGUAUAUCAAAGACAACAUCAAUUAUGAAGAUGACGUCGACCAGUCGGAGGAAGACUGGAAGUUCGUGGCCUUAGUCAUCGACCGUAUUCUUCUUUGGGUCUUCCUGUUAGUCGCCGUUGUCGGAACGAUCGCCGUCUUCAUCGAGGCCCCCAUCUUCUGGGAGAAGAGCGAUGCCCAUCCCAUACUCGUCCACGAAGAACCCGUUCUCAUCUCCCGUCUAACAAACGACCAGAUACAGGGCAGCGCAUGAUCACUGACUGACGGACUAUCACUCACUAAGUGUACACGAGUGACAUGGAAAUCCACUCUUUUAGGGGUGUAUUUAUAGGGAUGACGGCAUUUUGUUUAUUAUCAAACUUCUAUUUUUGGCGAGGGAUGACUUCAAUUUAAAGUGGAAACCCUCUCUUUUAGGAUACAUAUUCGAGAUCACUUCAUUUUGGAACGAAAGUCAAUACUAACUAAAAAAUGAGAGUAGAAUCCAUUCCAAAAAGAGUCAUUCGAACCACUACAUUGGAGUAGAUUUCGCUAUAUUUUGGAGUGGAUUCCACUAUAUUUUGGAGUGGAUUCCACUAUAUUUUGGAGUGGAUUCUACUAUAUUUUGGAGUGGAUUCCGCUAUAUAUGGAUUUGAAUUGAUCCCAAGUAUAUGACUGCUAAAAGAAUUGAAAUCCAAUGUCCUCUCCUCUGCAUCAAUAUGUUAUAGCCUAUCAUAAACUUUUUAAAAAUAUCUACUAAUAGCAAUGCAUUUUAAUCGUCUUUUCUGGUGCGGAGUUUAUUGAGUUUAGGAACACGAGAAGACAUUCGUAGUAGUAAAAAAAGCGUGACAUGAUCUUUUAAUUAGUAAAUUGAAUAUCAUUUUAGCAUCUUCUAAAGAAUUUCACCAUUUCGCGUAACCCUUGAGAAUUUCGGAUCUUCUAGGCGGAUAUUUGGAAAACGAAAAGCAAAGUUACAGUGCCAUGACAACGACAUGAUUCAUGGCGCUUGCAGUUAAUGCAUUACUGUGAAUUGUGAUUCAAAACGAUUACUUGCCUCACACGACCGGCAAAAUGUGUCCACUAAGGUUUUUUAGAGAAGUGUAGAAUGAUUUGUUUACCAUUUCACGUUUUGUUUUUUAGGACCGCAGGACAUUAAAGUUACAAGUUCCAAUUGACAAAUCUAACUGUAAUUCGCACACUGCAAAAGACAGUUGAAGAAGUCAGCAAGUGAUCUGCUUGAUUAUUUAGCACACAUUAAGUCAGUUGCAUUUUAAUAAUUUUUUUCUCGAUAUUAUGGGUUCCGUAUAUGCCGCAUUCUUAAGUACAGGGAGAGAGAGAGAGAGAGAGAGAGAGAGAGAGAAAGAGGGAGGGAGCAAGGGAGAGACAAAAAAGGAAGAGGAGGGACAUUGGCAAAGUAUGUAGUGGACUAAAAUUCACACGACAGACAUUUCACCUGUAAGAAUUGGUGUAAGUAAGACAAAUGCAGUGACCUUCCUGUACAAACCACACCAGAAUCGUUUACGAAUGAUAACCAUCAUUAAUCACGAAGGCCAAGAAUGUGUACAUAGAUAAUUAGACGUUUAAACUGUAUUAUAGAAACUAAGUCUCCAGGGAGUGAUGUUGUAAAAUUCGAAGUAUUUCCGGGGCAUUAUAAAAAAAAAUGAUCAUUGCGUUGUAUAUAAUUUAUUCUACACCAAAAACAAGAUUACAAUUUGACAGCGAUAUGCCCGUGCAGUGUAUUAUAAAAGGAUAACAGAGUUGGCUUUAUUACAUGAAUUGAUAAGUUUCUUGUUAUGCAACAUCAUGCGCUUGUAUAUCGUUGUGUGCUCAUUUACUUCUCAUACUGACAAAGACAAAGCCCCUAUAUAAAGUAUUCUUUUCCUGUAAGUUUUGGUUUAUUCCUCAUGUUCUGCUUUGCUGAAACAGAUAGUAUCAUUGUAAAUAAUGUAUACAUAAUAUGACAAAACGAAGCAUGUAUUUAUGUAAUGUUAACCUUUAUGAAGCAUAAUGAUGUCCAUGACUUGUGUGUUAUUUGUCUUUCAUUAUAAAACCGAACAAUUUCCAUAUCGUUCAUUGACCGCUUGUAUGAAUGUAUCAUUGUGCCUUUAAUUAUUGAUUCUUUAUGUGACAUCAUGAUAUUUGUUUGAUUUUGUGAUGGAACUAAUAAAGAGAUUUUAAAAUACA